UAUUAUUUAUAUACCAUAAUUUAAAAUAGGGAUAUAAUUAAUGGGGCAUUUAUAUGAGGCAUAAUUAUAGGACCGUAUAUUCCCACGUUUUUCUUUCCUUUCAGCUCAACCCUCCCUCCCCACGUUUUACCUUUACCCGUAACUCUCCCCUCCCCACGUUUUACCUUUACCCUUCACUCCCCCAUGUUUAGCAUCUGUUUUCUUCUUUACAGAACAAAAGCUACCCACGUUCUUCAUUAUUCUCCAUUUAAAUUCACCAAAUAUUGAAGUUAUCAUUCUACAAAAUUCGUUCCCAUCUUUAGUCAAGUUGAAGUUAAACCAUGAAGAACAUCAAAUCUCCCAAACAAAUACCUAAAAAAUCUACAGUAGGUGAUAUCCCCUCUUUCGAUUUGGGUGUUCUACACCAAAAUCACCACAAAAACAAGUAAAAUCUACACAUGCAAUGGAACCUACUACUCACAGUUCAUCUCCUAGACAAAUCCGUGUCGAGAUGAGAACAAAGCAAAUGCACGAUGUAGAUGCUGGAGGAAGUGCUACACCAGGCGGCAAACAACUCAAAAGAAAGGGGAAAGAGCGAUUGUGGUGUAUUUGUGGUUGCUUUUGCGGAGUAUUUAGCCUUGGAGAUUUGUCAAUCCCUUCAGAAGACCUUUCGGAUAUCGACCAACACCGUAGACGCUAUGGAGCUCUCAUAUGGGAUUAUGCUACAAAGAAGCAAGAAGAUGGGUCAAUCAGUGAAAGUGAGGUUAUAGGCAGGCUAGCAAGGAGGAAGGGUGCUCCUGCGUUGAAUGAGAAGACUAGAGUCCACAGAAAGACGAAAUAGUGUCAUGUUUUCCUAGUUUAGUUGAUGUCAAUUUGUAGUUGAAGGAAAAUACACUACUUUAUGAACAAAAUUUUUAUUUUUUUUA